UGGACGACUGGUAGUAGAAAAUGCAUUCUCUCUUCUAUGUUUUAUUUUUUCUCUAUUUAUGGAGCAUUAUCACGUUCGCUAUUAUCUUACCUUGGCUCUGUCAGGACCUUGGUUUCUCUCAGUACUACAGAUCUUCGAAACUCACGAAGGAGAAGCUUGAAAACUUCAACUCGCGAAGAACAGUCGAAGCCUUUCACUUUUUCUCUCAUCUUCGAGCUCAGCCUCAGAGCGUUUUUUCCUUGAACGAACCUCGUUAUAUAGAAGAAAAUCUUAGGAUUGCUUUCGUGGUUGUCAGCGUUAGACGACAGUCUAAUCCGCACUAUCUUCUUCAAGUCGUUGCGCGUUUAUUGAGUCAAACACGAGGCGAGACAGACACGAAGUGGAAAACAAAAAUUGUUGUACUCAACGCAGAUACAAAUCCCUCUGUUAACAAAGAUGCUGAAUAUCUAGAAAACUAUUUAACAGUCAUCAGCACCCGGACUUCUCAUAAAGGGAGUAAUAUUUCUGUGAUUGAUAACGUUCAUGAAAAAGAAAAACAAGAUUAUGUUUUAGCAUUAAAAAUCGGCGCCUCCCUCAACGCAGAUUAUACAGUUAUUAUCGAAGAUGACGCACUGCCUGAUAGAGAUUUUCUUCAAAAGCUUAAAUUUCUUAUAAACUGGAAAAUAUCUUGGUUAAGGACUAAGCCAGGUUGGGCUUUUCUGAAGUUGUAUUACCCAGAAAAAUGGCAAGGAUUUGGCAACACAGAAAUACCAGAAUUGAUUCUUAUAUUUAUUUUUGGUGGUGCUAUUCCCACAGUGAUAUAUUUGUACAUAUUUUUGAACUUGAAAAGACUCAGGAUCUAUAAGUACAAAUGUCAAAUGGUGAUGAUUAUAUUAUUAUUCAUAAGUUGUGGUUUAUACUGCAUGAUGGCAGCGUACACCAUUGGCCGAGCUCAUUUAAUAGAAUUGGGAAAGAUAUCACCAUUGUUCUACAGAGUUACGCAAGCGCCUGGUUGCUGUACUCCAUGUGUGUUAUAUCCAAGAGCUUACCUCAAGGAUAUCAUAGAAUUCUUAGAGUCGAAAAAGUGUAAGAAGAGCUACCCUCUAGAUUUUGCUCUUGAUGAUUUCGUCGCAGUUCAACACCUUGUCAAGUAUCUAGCCAGUCCUAAUUUAGUGUCACAUAUUGGAUUCCAUUCUAGCUUAGGUGGGGCUGAUAAAGACUUGAAGGAGUUUUCUUUGCUAUUUGAUUCAUAAAAGGACAAACAUAUUCAAUAUGGAAAGAUUUCAACUCAGUGGUUGAAAAUCAUAUACCCUAAUAAUUAUGCAUAUAUAUAUAUAAUUAUUUUAAUAAAGUUAGUCACCUUUUGAUACAAUUUGCAGCUUGAGGAUGCUCAGAAGA